UUCAUCUUCUGCUCCCGCUCAACAAAUUUCGAAUGGAGUCGGAUUCUGACUCCGACGGGUCUCACAUCUCUGCAACUCCUCCGAGAAAUUUAAGUUUGUCGCCACCGCGGCCGCUACCACCACCUCUCGUGGUGUCAAACAAAUCCCGAAUCAGAAUUAAACCCUCAAAAUCAAAACCAGCUCCUUCUGGAUCCUCCAAAGCCCCGUCAAAACCUGACCCGGUCCUGGAAACCCCUCUCUCCCUUCCCACCGAUCUCCCCUUCCAAAUUCGGCGACCUUCCGACGCGCCGUCAGUUUCCUCCUCCAUCGAAACCCUCCCUGCUGGUUUCUUCUCCUCCUCCCACUCUGCUUCGUUCGCGAAGAUUCGAAGACCGCUCAUUAACCUAGAACCUUCUGGAAUCGAACCAGUUCUUACUCCCACCGCGUCUGAUUCACGCGCUGAUAGCACCGAUGCGAGGACACGCAGAAAGACGCGGCUUCCCAACCUGAUAGGUGCUAGCGCAGCUAUGCCUACCGUGAAGCCUCGACCAUGCAGCGGCGGCGAUGGGAACUUCGUGAGGCUAAACUUGAGUGGCAAGCGAAGGAAGUUCUUGAACAAGAAGGGAAAAUCCAGCGGGAAAAGAUAUAAGAGAGGGAAAUUCAUAUCGAAGCACGAAAGAGAGGGGAAAGAGAAGGAUAUUGGAGAGAUGAAGCAGAGAGGGGAUUGUAAGAUUCGUGAGAUUGAUUGCGCUGUAGUGGAAGAGGCUGUGGCUGCGACGCUUGAUGAGCCUUCGGAGGAGAAUUUGGUGAAGAUUUUGAAAUUAGUUUAUGGUUAUGAUUGUUUCCGAGACGGGCAGGUUGAGGCAAUUCAGAUGGUUCUUGCUGGGAAGUCAGGAGCGGUUGUUUUGCCGACCGGUGCCGGGAAGUCGCUGUGUUAUCAGUUGCCUGCUCUGAUCUUGCCUGGGAUUACAUUGGUUGUUAGUCCAUUGGUGGCUUUGAUGAUUGAUCAGCUGAGGCAAUUGCCUUAUGUGAUUAAGGGUGGUCUUCUAUCUAGUUCUCAGAACCCUGAAGAAGCCUCUGAAUCACUGAUGCAGCUUCGACAAGGGGAGAUAAAGUUGCUUUUUGUUUCACCGGAGCGGUUUCUGAAUGAAGGGUUUCUGUCUAUCAUUUCUUCUUUGCCAGCCAUCUCACUUGUUGUUAUUGACGAAGCACAUUGUAUAUCUGAAUGGUCUCACAAUUUCCGACCGUCUUUUAUGCGACUUAGAGCAUCUUUGCUUCGUAAGACACUCAAUGUUCGUGCUGUGCUUGCAAUGACAGCAACUGCUACUACCACAACAUUAGAUGGCAUCAUGUCUGCUCUAGAUAUCCCUCACUCAAAUCUUAUUAAGAAGGCGCAUUUUAGGGACAAUUUUCAUUUAUCGGUGUCUAUGGUCAGAAACAGGCAAGAUAUAUGCUUCUACAUAGUGCUUGAGCUUGUAUACUUUCAUUGUGUGAACUUUGCUAAACUUAUGUUUGAAUUCUUUGAACAUAUUAGAAUGAAAGAUCUACUGAUUUUGAUAAAGUCUCCUCCUUUUGCGGAAGUUCAGAGCAUCAUCAUAUACUGCAAAUUUCAGUAUGAAACUGAUCAAGUUAGCAGAUAUUUGAAUGAUCACAGUAUCUUGGCGAAGAGUUAUCAUAGUGGUAUCACUGCAAAGGAACGUAGCUAUGUACAGGACUUGUUUAAUUCCAACAAGAUCAGAGUGGUUGUGGCCACGGUGGCAUUUGGCAUGGGACUGGAUAAAAGUGAUGUUGGAGCUGUAAUUCAUUACAGUUUGCCUGAAAGUCUGGAAGAGUAUGUACAGGAGAUUGGACGUGCCGGAAGGGAUGGGAGGUUGUCCUACUGUCACCUAUUUUAUGAUGAUGAGACAUUUUUCAAACUUCGUAGUCUUAUGUACAGUGAAGGAGUAGACGAAUAUGCUGUGAGCAAAUUUCUGCGUGAAGUCUUUCCUUCUGAUAAAAGCUCGUGUGGGAAAAUAUGCUCAUUAAUUAAAGAAUCUGCUUCACGCAGGCUUGAUAUGAAGGAAGAGGUGAUGCUUACUCUUCUGACACGCUUGGAAUUGGGCAAUGUGCAGUACUUGCAGUUACUUCCACCGAUCAAUGCAACUUGCACUUUGGCUUUCCAUAAGACUACUCCGCCAUUACUUGCCCAAAAAGUAUCUGGUAUAGCUGCAAUUCUAAAAAGAUCUGAAAAUAAGCGUGGGCAAUAUAUUUUUGACAUCCCUACUGUGGCAAAUGACAUGGGGAUUACAGCAGUUACAUUAACAAAUCAGUUGUACGACCUGAAGUUGACGGGAGAAAUAACUUAUGAAAUGAAGGACAUGGCCUACUGUUAUAGGAUCAUUGAAGUCCCUACAGACUUGUUAUCACUAUCUGAAGAUAUUACCCAAUGGUUAUCAGAAGUUGAAAAUUGUAAGGUACAAAAAAUGGAUGCAAUGUUUAGUGCUGUAUAUUUUGCAUUAAAUCUAUGUGAUAAGAUGCAAGGUUGCAGUGGGACCAAUCAUACACCAUGCUUGCAAAGGAAAAUAUUGGAGUAUUUUUCUGGAGUUGAAAAUGCUGAUUUCUGCAAGAAAAUUGAUGGCCAAAGCAGUCCUUUCCUGCGAGCGGAUAUAAAGGUCUUUCUACAGAGCAAUUCACAGGCCCGAUUUACACCAAGAGCUGUUGCGAGAAUAAUGCAUGGAAUUGCAAGCCCGGCCUAUCCUUCAACAACAUGGAGUAAAACUCACUUCUGGGGAAGGUAUUCUCGAAUAGACUUUAAGGUAGUGAUGGAAGCAGCAAAGGAAGAACUUAAACAUUUUGUCGGAAAAUGUACGCUCUAACUAUUUUUGACGGAUUGAUAAUACCAUCUGACAAAUUUGGAUAGGGGGAGCAGAAUCCGUGCAAGACCUGCAUUGAUUCAAGGACCAGGAAUAGAGCUGAAUUUUGUUCCCUGUCAAGUCGUUGGAAUUAAAUAAAAGAGUUGUGUGGCAUGUUGCUAUUGUCGUAAAUGGGGCGCCAGCGCACAUCUGUCAUCUCAAGUUGAGACAAGCUAAAGGAAAAAUGAAGCUAUGCCCCGUUUGUGCCUAACGAUUUGCAUUUGCCAAUUGUUCUUUGGGAAUUGGGAUAGCAUGCGACCUGUGGUUGGGGGAAUCAAGAAUUUACAAUCCUUUGCUGUCUGAUAUUUGUUGUUAUCACCUUGUCCUACAGAGCGAUCCCUAGGAUCUUAUAAGGGAAAAGAUUAACUAGCUCCACCUAGAGGUUUCCCCCUAUCUUAAAUAGAUCUCAGUGUCAAUAAUGUUAUUAUUUGCUUACCUUUAAAUAUCAACAGCAAUUUCUAAUUAUUUGUUCGCACGUACACACGUGUGUCUAUAUAUAUAUAUACUAAUUCAGGUUAGAACAAAAAAGAUAAAUUUGUUUAC